AUGGAGGAGGAGAUCAGAAACAUAGAGGAGAGUGAUGGUGUUCGUCUCACCUGGAAUGUGUGGCCUUCCAAAGGUGAUGCCACCGCAAAGGUCCCCCUGGCAUGUUUGUACAACAUCCAUCAGGAAACAAACAUUCUCGAAUGCGAGCCUAUAUAUUGUAUGAGCUGCAAUGGAGUCCUGAAUCCUCACUGCAACAUCGACUUUGGGAGGCAAACCUGGAACUGUGUGAUAUGUAAUAGCAACACAACCUUGCCAAGCCAUGCGCGAGGGAUCACACCUGACAACCUUCUGCCGGAAUUACUUCCGCAGAGCUCGACAGUCGAGUAUGUGCUGAGCAGGGAGAGCGUUUUUCCUACUGUGUUUUUCCUUAUUGUUGACAUAUGUACGUUUGAUGAUCAGAGACACAUUCUUCUGAAGGAUGCGCUCAAGGCGGUGUUAGAAGGGAUUCCUGACGAUGCAUUAGUCGGGUUUAUUAAGUAUGGGACAAACAUUGAGCUUCUGGAGCUUAGCACAACAUUACCGCGGAAAACACAUUUGUUUUCUGGGAAGAAGGAGUAUAAUGCGGAGGUUCUGAAGUCUCUGAAUACAACUGCGAAGUCUGAGUCACAGAUUGUAGGCAGGUUUUUGAAGAAGAAGAGCGAAUGCUAUGAUUUUUUGUAUGAUGUGGCUGAGAAUCUUGAGAAGGAUCCCUUUCCUGUUCUCACAGCAUACAAGCCUGUAAGGUGUACGGGCUCCGCAGUAUCUCUAGCCUUUGCUUUACUGGAAACAAACUUUCCUGACACAGCUGUGAAGUAUCUUCUAUUUACUCAAGGACCUUGCACAUUUGGGCCUGGAACGACGACACCAAUAAAGUUUAAGGAAAAAGGGAGAAACGACCAUCUUGAAGAGAACGACCCGAUGUAUGCAGGCCCUGCAAGGAAGUUCUAUACGAGCCUAGGCGAGAGGAUGAAUAGUGUUGGGCACAGCCUUGACAUUCUUGCGGCGACUAUAGUUGAUGUAGGGAUAUGUCACAUGGAGAGGCUAACUGCAAUGACUGGAGGAAUGCUAAUAAUGGCGCAGGACUUUGAUAGAGAUAUUUACAUUUCGUCCUGUAACAAGAUACUUAAUAGAAGCAAAGAAGGGCAUCUGGCACAAGGAUUCAAUGUAAAGAUGCAGGUGAAAACAAGCAAGAACCUUGAGUACAAAGGGAUUAUUGGGCAGGGAAAGUCUUCUGGUGGAUGCUGGAGGAUGGGGUCUGUGUUUCCGUCGACCAACAUCUCGAUUCUCUUUGACAAAAAGCCCGAGGCAAAGCAUGGUGAUUUUGGAUAUGUUCAGUUGAUUACACAGUACCAAAGGAGUGACAAGAAACUUCUGGUGAGGGUGACGACCUUUGCCAGGCUAUUUACGGACUCGAGAGAAGACGUGAUAUGUGGGUUUGACCAGGAAGCUGUUGCAGUUUUCCAGGCAAGGUUCCUUCUUCUAAAGAAGUAUGAGGAGAUAAAGGAUUGCGAAAGGAUGAUCGAUAAGAAUCUCAUAAGAUUUACUAAGGCGUUUGCUAGAUAUGAUAAAGGAGAGCCUUCGUCACUAGUUCUUCCCGACUCCAUGGCAUACUAUCCAAACUAUAUGUUCUUUUUCCGAAGAAGCCUUCUGGUCCAAACAGGAAACAAUUCACCUGACGAGACUGCAUAUUACUUGACGCUUCUGUACAACCAGAAGGUGUCAGAUGCAUUGAAGCUCAUCAAGCCCACUCUUGUUUCGUACCACUACCAAGGCGGGGUUAAGGCAGUUGAGGUGGACAGCAAGUCUUUGGAGCCGGAUGUAAUCCUUGUGCUGGACACGUUCCACAAUGUUGUAGUAUGGAAAGGAGAGUAUUUUGCACAGUGGGUCAGAGAAGGGUAUCACGAACAGCCUGAGUAUGAGUUCCUCAAGAGCAUACUAAGGGAUAGCGAAGAGAUGGCUAGGACACUAUGUGAGGAAAGGCUCCCAACGCCGCAAUUCUGUAUUACUGAGCAGAACAAGUCGCAGCAAAGAAUCCUGCACCACUAUGUCAAUCCCAGUGGAGGAGGCUCUAUAAUCACUGAGAACAUCAACUACGAGAAGUUUGAAGAGGCGUUGCGCAGAGUUGUUGUUUUCAACAAUGAAUAA